ACUGACAGACACCAGACCACCAUUACAACACAUUCAGAAUUUAUUUCAUACAAAACGCUAGAAAAACAAAUUAAAUAAGAAGGAACCGAAUAAAAAUGACGUAAAAUAAUAUGAUCAAAUGAAAAAGAUAAAUGAAAAUUGAUGAGAACUCAGACAGACAGACUCCUCGUCAUCGCGUGUGACCCCGCCCCUCCUCCGGGCCGCCCCGUCACAGACACAGAGGAGCAGGGAUGAGAGGUUCUCCACAGAACACUGGUUCACUGUCAAACCAACAUGUAGAUAAAGUUGUUGUUGAAUGUUCAGCAGCAGGAGGCGAGGAGAACCGGGAAGGAGAGAGGAGGAGACUGCCCAAACUGAAGAACCCUGCAAAGAUCUGGAAGAACCGCAAACAGCAGAACCACAAACACAAUGCAGACGAUGAGUUGGACCGUGAGGAGGAGCAGCAGAGGGAGGAGCAGCUGGAGGAGGUGAGCAGGAAGCUGAUCCUCAGGGAGGAGCAGCUCUUCAGUCAGGACUCCCCAUGUGAGCUGGAGGUGGACCAGCUGCAGAAAGACUUCGAGGCUCUCAGACUGCAGAUAUCGAUGGCUGUCCACAACACCUUCACCUCCUCCUCCUCCUUCUCCUCUUCUAGCUCUUCCUCCUCCUCCCCCUCUUCAGGGCAGCUGGAGGUCCUGAGGAGUGCUGUUGCUUCAAUCCAGCAGCAGGAGGUGCAGGACCGGCGCUGGACAGGUAGUCUGGAGGAGCAAGUGCCGGAGUGGCGCCCUCAGAAGUUUCAGAGCGCUCACCACGGUCUGCUACAGAAGAUGGUGGAGUCCAGACUGAUGAAGGCCAGUGAGGAAGACUGUGGUGGAGCUGAGGGGCUGUCCUCACCUGUGAAGAGGCAGGUGUGUUGUAUGGGGAGGCGUGUGAAGGAGGACCUGCUGACGGUGGUGAGGACGGUGAAGGAUUGUUACCCUCCUCAGGUGGACAUCAUGAACCUGUACGCUGGACUGUACCAUCAGAACUUCUCUUCCCGUCUGACUGAACUUGCUGCUGCUGGACUGGAAGCAGACGACUGUGGAUACCUGCUAUUCUGGACCAAUCACUGCUAUCCACAUGACAUAUUAAACCACGAGGAACUGCAGGGGAACAUCAAGACAGCCUGUCUGGGUUCUCUGCUGCUGCAGGACCAGCUGGACCGGCUGGAGGACCAGUACCUGAGCCACAAAGAGGACAAAGUGAAGCUGUGGCUGAACGCAGCUCUAAGGAGAGACGAGCAGAGCUGGACCAGCAGCGCACCUGAACUCAUCGACCAGUACUGCUUCAGCCCACUGGCUGUAGACGUCAUACAGGUGAUGGACAGCUCCCUGAAUGAGCUCAGCUGUGUGAUCAGAGACCAGAGCAAAGCUCAGAGGAUCACAGCUCACCUGGAGAUCUUCCUCAGCAGCUACAAGAAGAGUGUGGAGGAGUUUGUGAAGGGGAACCACCGUAACGUCUGCUCAGUGAUCAAAGCUCAGCUGGUCUGUGAGCUGCAGUUCAGGGAUUACAUCACAACUAUGACAGGAAGUCUGUCAGAGGAGCAGAGAUGUCGCUGUGUGAACACGCUGUCUGCCCUGAAGGAUUGUGGGUACAGAUGCCUCACUGCUCCCAUUCACACCCAGCUGAAGGUGUGUUUCACUCACCUGUGGACAUCUGUCUGGCUGGACGGGUCACUUCCUGUUGUUGACUCUCUGCUGGACUCUCUGAACCAACAGCUGAUGGACCUGACAGACCUGAAACCAGACUGCAGACAGGCCCUGCUGUCUGUCCUCCAUCAGGAUGUGGUUCUUAAGUAUGUGAAGAGGAUGAUGAAGAGCAGGAUGAAGAGCAGGGAGCAACAGGUGGGCGGAGCUCAGCGGAUGAUCGAAGACACCCGAAAGUUCAACGAGUUCUUUAACGAGAGGGGCUGCAGUGAGUCUCUGUGGCUCGGGGAGCUGCUCUGUAGUCUGGCUGAGAUCGUCCGUCUGCAGGAUCCAGGAAGCAUUCAGCUGGAGAUGGUCAGUGUGGCCAGAAGGUUCCCCGACCUCAGUGAUGCUCACGUGUCGGCGCUGCUCUCUCUGAAAACCGGCCUAACGGCUGCUGAUGUUCGCUCCAUCAGGCGAAGCGUGGAGGAGAACCGCCUUGCUGAUGUCUCCACCAAUCACAACCCUCUGUUUUUCUCCAAGGUCAAAGUGAAAUGGAUCAAUAAUAAGAUCAAUCAGAUGGGGCUGAAGACCUGAACUGUUGCUAGCCAGUUAGCAUGUUAUUCGUCAGUAUUAUAUAUCUAUUAGUCACAGAGAUCUGAUGCCAUAGUCCUGAAAAUAGACAUUUUAUUUUAAAGGUGUUGCCGACAGUUACAGGCUUAAAAUGUGAUCAGAAGAGAGCAAUGCAUCAUGGUCUUUAAAAUCAGUAUGUGUCCUGUCAGAACCAUGUAUGUGUCCUGAAGAAAAAGUACUUGAGUAAAUGUACUCAGUUACAUUCACUCUCUGUGUAUAAUGUUUAAUAUAGUUGUUAAUGUUCAGCUGUUUGUGUGUGAACUUGCUCACAUUGUAUUUAGUUUGUUUUUCUUUCCAGAAUGAAGCAGAAUCAGCUAUUCAUUAGUAUACUUAUUAAUCACUUAACUGUCUGGAUAAUAAAGCUGAAUGUGUGUAUUGAUCUGA